UACCGCUGCCUUAGUGCAGGAGUCGCUGCAGGAAAGCAGGCAGAAUCUUCAUUGACGGUUCUGCCUUGGAUUUCAGAGAAUUUCCCUCAUUCUCUGGUGUCGCUGCAGGGAACCCCAGAGCCCGAGUGGUGGGGCAGCUGCAGGGCGGUAGAAGGGGCUGGAGACUCUCUGAGCCAAGAUGGCUGUCCUCUCCAAGGAGUAUGGUUUUGUGAUUCUGACUGGUGCUGCCAGCUUCAUCAUGGUAGCUCAUCUAGCUGUCAACGUGGCCAAGGCCCGUAAGAAGUACAAAGUGGAGUAUCCUACCAUGUACAGCACGGACCCUGAAAAUGGGCAUCUCUUCAACUGCAUUCAGCGAGCCCACCAGAACACGCUGGAAGUGUAUCCUCCCUUCUUAUUUUUUCUAGCGGUUGGAGGUGUUUACCACCCGCGUAUAGCUUCUGGCUUGGGCUGGGCCUGGAUUGUUGGACGAGUUCUUUAUGCUUAUGGCUAUUACACAGGAGAACCCAGCAAGCGGAAUCGGGGAGCCCUGGGCUCCAUCGCCCUCAUUGGCCUGAUGGGCACCACCGUGUGCUCUGCCUUCCAGCAUCUUGGUUGGGUUAAACCUGGCUUGGGCAGAGGGUCCAAAUGCUGCCAUAAAGAAUUAUAGGAUGUUUAAAAACUCUCAUUCAUUUUGAGUGACUUACUUUAAUUUCCAGUUAUAUUUUUUUUUCUAAAUAUAAUAAAAACUUAUCUGGCAUCAGCCUCAUACCUAA